AUGGGAGGAACACCCUUGCCGGCUACGGAUCGAAGAGUACUCGUCUUCCCAGAUCCUGUGGCAUUCAGAUACCUCCUCGACGAUCCCUGUGUCGCUGUGGUUCAUCGAAAACAGCGCCUUGAAGGCUACGAGCUGUACCUCGUGGAGCAAUGGGCCUGCUCACGUAUACAGCCGACGACCGUCAUAGUGACAUAUACAGGCGACAACACACAGUCGGUGGUUGUCGGUGUGCUGAGCGUUCCUCGUGACGAAACUACCUGGUCCGACUCGCUUCGUGUGUACAUGAAGGCAGUGCAGCAGUAUCAUGCGCGACCCAAGGAUACUCCAUUGGGGGAGCUUAUGGUCACCAACCUCAGUAGCUUUCCGUCCGCCUUGACAGUCAUUGCAGUGCCGGAGGGCGACAUCAAAAAACACCGUAAUGCAUUCGUUGUCAACGAGAACCUGAAACGACUUGGAUGCUCCGGAAGGUCUGGAAUGUCUUUGUCUGAGCCGUCGGCAGCAGCAAGGGCCAAGUUCUACCAGCUUUACAAGGUGAACGACAAGAUUCCCUUUGACCAAGCUGUCGUGGAGCUUGUCAAGCUGUGUCAGGUUGCUCUGUAUCUGUUCGAUACGCUGCAUGCCGCUUAUGUCGACGGUCUUCUGUGCGAUAUCACAGAGAGGGCGCUGACGGACUGGUGGACGGAGUUUGGUGCCGACUAUUACAGUAUGGAGCCUGCUGAUGGCAUCCUGGGCCCAACUACGGUUGCUGCACUCCUUGGGCUUUGCGCAGGCGCACGAAAUCGCCUAAGUUAUCUCAACGCACCUGUGGCGAAGGAUGUCUUUGACGUCGACGCAACGGAGCGCGGCAUCUCGUACUUCCAGAAAUACCAGAAGCUCGAGCGCUCCCGGAGGUUAGAUCGGCAAACGAUGCACAAGCUGCACAACACAACCGCAAAAGCGGCCGCCGGUGAAGGCUGGGGCGUGCAAAAGGCUGUCAAGUCGACAGUCACCGAGAUUGGUGGCAAGCGAGGAGAGAUUGUGCUAGGUAUGGUGGGUGGCCGCGACAAAGGUGGCAUUGGAGACAUCGAGACCCUUGAUCUCGACCGUUUCAUCAGUCUUGCGUCUGGAGAACGCGCCAAGUGGCUCUGGUUGGGAAAGCCGAAACGUCCAGGCGCCGACUACAACAACAACAACAACAACAACGAGCGCGGCUCUCCCGAGCGCGAUGUACAGCCCGUUGUCAAAGAUGAGAACGGUGCUACGACCAAGAAGCCGCAAAUCACGCCAAUAGAUGACUUAGCGGAUCCUCUUCGGAAAGACGAAAUGUCUGAUGUCUACGCGACUCCGGCUCCCGGCUCCGCGAUCAGUGUCAAUGACAGCCCUGGCAAUAAGGAUCAGCUUCGACGGGGUGUCCUGAAAAGCGUGGCAAGGGAUGCUCGCUCGGGAUUGGGUCGUAUCAAAGACGCAGUCAGUGGCACAGGGAGAUCUCAUGGCAGCCGUCCAUCGCGGGAUGACCCUGACGCCUUGCUUUCUCCCAGUGCCCAUUCUUCCGUGGCGCAUCUGACAUCGCCCGGGACUGGGCCAACCCCGAUCAAUCGCGCAUUCACAUGGAAAAACAAGCCAGAGGAGUAUCUGGCUUCGAUGAGGGAGAUGCACAACGAGUCGACCCCUUCGUCGACCAAUCCCGAGGUGGCGGAUGAUGGUCCCCGGGCCAAUAAUCGAAACGCAGCAGGCAUGAUCGUCGAGACCAGUGACUUUGCUAUGAAAGAGUCAGGCCAAUCACAUGCGCCUUCUCAACCACACGGAAGUUCAGAUACACAGCUUGAUCCAGUAGCCCCGGAAUCUUCCGUGGCUAACUCGACCGCGGACGAGGGCGAGCUGACGCGCCGCAGAACUCGAGAAAAGCUACCGAUGCCGCCCAGUCUGCGAGAGCCCGCUACACUGCACCGUCGCCAAAGCCUCAUGCUUCCGAGCGAGCUCCAAGACCGAGUACCAGAAGAAAAUAGGUGGCCCCGCCGCAUGUCCUUUGGCGAUGCAGAGCAGGCUGUUCUGCGUUGGGAACCGGUAAUCUCUCUGGUGAAGACCUCCCCGUCAGGCAUAGAAACGCCUUCUUCCGAACAACUCGGCCUUGGCGAGAUAGCAGCAGCACUCUACAAUGAGAUCCGGCAUACCAAGACAAGUAUCGAGCCCUGGGUCAUCAAAAAGAUUGGGGCGGUCCAGGACAUGGAAAACCACUACUCUGAGCAAGCAGAAGAGUUGGAGGCGCUGUAUCUGCAGCAAAGCGAUGCCUUCCGACAGGCCAAGCACGACUCACAAGCCUUGCUUGCACAGGAGAGAUCGCACUUGACCGAAGCGUCUGGCAAUCUGAAAAAUCUGCUCAACCGCCUAGAGUAUGAGCUUGCGAUUCUAUCCUCUCGUGUGCAGGACGUCGAGGACGGAGUAACCAAUUUUGAAGCUCAGGUGGUGGAUAUGGAGAGGCGUGCAGACGAGCUCAAGAUCGAGCUGGAGACUGAGACUUGGCUCCACUGGGCAGUCAGGACUCUGACAGGCAUCGGUACUGGGCCGAAUAUUACUCAGGGAGUCAAGAAGCCAAUAAACAAGGAAUAG